UUCACGCCGGUCGGUUCUCAGUUGAUUUUGGUUUGCGCGCUCGUCGUUUUGCCGUUACAAAUUAACGUGGAACAAACAUAAAAUGAUUGCGUCGUAACUCUGGCCGUGAGCCACUAGUGUUUUCUCUUGCACGACAAUUGUAUUCACUUCAACUGGUUCGUACGAAACGAAGAGGAUGCGGCGCAUUAUGGUUAUGUUGCCCCUGCUUCUCUGCAUGUUGGCAUUCUCUCACGGCCAGGUCUCUCAAAACGGUGAUCUUUACUUUUCGGUGAGCCCUGCGGAGCAUUCGGUUGUCGAGGGACUUUCUGUUCGCUUGAGAUGCGAGGCUGAGCCAAGAAAUCUCGUCAAAUACUCGUGGAAAAGAGAGGGAAAACCGCUUGCUCCAAAUCCACGGAGUCAUCAAAUUGAUGGCGAUCUAAAUAUCACCAGAGCUCAUCGAAUGGACAGCGGAAACUAUGUCUGCGUGGCCACACACGAGGAGACCGGCCGCUCGAUUGAGAGCUCGCCUGCCAAGAUCGACGUUCAAUGGAUCGGCGAGGCGAGCGUGCGGCUGCAUGAACCAAAAUUAUCCGACGCGAUCCGCGUGGGCAACGAAAUCGAGCUUGAAUGUCACGUCGACGGGACUGGCGAAAAGACAUACGAGUGGUUCAAAAAUACGGAAAACGUGCCACUGGGCGAGCAUAUCGAGAUAAAGAAAAACAAACUGAACGUAUUGCACAUACAUCAAGCGGUUGCCGAGGAUAGUGGCAUGUAUACCUGCCUGGCCAAGAACGAGGCGGGAUCCGCAGUGACCGAGAGCUAUCCGUUAAUCGUUUCCGGAAACGAAACUGCAGUGCUUAAGACCAUUCCGAGAAACCUGAUUGCCAAGCGUGGCGAACCAGCUGCCCUGCAUUGCAAAUUCGAGGACGCCGAUGAAAUGCUUUGGUUCUUGAAGGAUGUCGGUCAAUUGACGUCCGACGAUGAACGGACGAUUUUUCAAAAUGGUUCUCUCUUGAUACACGCCGUCGAACAAAGGGACCAGGGAUUUUACUCCUGUCAUGGAAUAAGAGACGAGAGUAAAGUCAGUUAUACGGUGGAAUUACAAAUUGCCUAUUUAUUAAACUUUUCAACGGACGCCUUCGAACCGAGACUUCCCACUCAGUUGGCGAUUGUCGGCGAGGAUCAAGAAUUCCAGAUAAGCUGUCUGGCGCCCUUGGGGGUUCCGCCGCCUAAAGUUUAUUGGAGAGAUCCCAUGGGACAUAUAAUAAGUGACACCGGCCCAAUUCGCGUUCAAGAUGAGACGCUCAUCAUUGCGAAAGCACGAAUGGGCGAGGACGAGGGCAAUUACACCUGCACGGCCGAGAAUCUCGCCGGUGAAACGGAUACAUCCGUCCAAAUAAUUAUAUCCACGCCACCGAAUAUCAUAAGUUCCCCGGUGUCGCUCAAUGCGUUGGAAGGUGACUCCGUGACGUUAAGUUGUUCGUAUUCCGGCUUGGAACCAUCGGUGACGCCGCACGUGCACUGGUUAAAGGACGGGUCUCAAUUGAAGGAGUUGAGCGGUCUGGCGAGAUACCGCGUAAUCGAUAAUCACGGCAAUGUUACCUUGCACUUCAAGAGCGUCGAUCUGUCUGACAAAGGACACUACAUGUGCCAGGUAUUCACCGCGGGAUUCCCGUCCGUGUUUUCGGACCCCGCUAUGCUCGUCGUCGAGGAAAGGCUGAAAUUCUCGCCGCAGCCCGUCAAUAAACGCCUGGAGCUCGGCACGACGGCGAAGGUGUCGUGCAAAGCCCAGGGUGCCACAAAUCCCACGGUGAAAUGGGUGAAGGAAGGCCUGAACGAGGACGAGGAAUUCCCUAAGCACGUUCAGGAUAUCAACGGCACUCUGCACUUUAACGGCGUGCUGGAAGAGGACAAGGGUCAAUACACUUGCAUCGCGAGCAACGCUCAGGGAUCCAUUAAUCAUACGAUUAGCAUCGAUGUAGGUCUCGCGCCCAAGUUCACGAUACAGCCGCAAAAUCCGACGGAGGCGAUCGAGGGCUAUCCUGUGAUGUUACACUGUGCCGCCGAGGGUGAUCCCACGCCGACCAUUCGAUGGGACAAGGAUUCUACUAUGAACAAUUUUGAUAAUACUCGAUUCAGUAUAUUAGUUAACGGAAGUUUGUACAUUAAAGAGGUAUAUCUUAGUGACGAGGGGAAGUAUGGUUGUACCGCUGGUAAUAGAAUUGGUGGAUUGAAGCGAGAAGAGGUUCAAUUAAUUGUAAAAGCUGGAGAUGGUUAUAGAACCGAUAUGGACUUAGAAGCCAAUGAUGACGGUUCAAUGAUGACUAAGACUGUGACGAUUACUCUGAGCGCUGCCGCGGCGUACAUGGUGCUCGUCGUUGGCCUCAUGUUGUACUGUCGCUACCGACGUCGUCGUAGGAAGCAGCAAUAUUUACAGGAACAAACAGAAAAUAAAAUGGAGAACGGCGACGUACAAGAGGAACAAACAGAAUUGAAGGAAACCGGCAAUAAAAUGAAUUCAACAAGCAAGAAAAAGGAGAAUCGCGAUUCUCACAAUAAGAGCGACGGCGCGGACACAGCCCAGAGCCAGAGUAGUAAUCAAUCUAAGAAAUCCAAGUCAAAUUAUGACAAGCUCGCUGUUUCGCGAAACAACCUGAAAGAACUGAAACCUCUCGGUCGAGGCGAAUUCGGCGAGAUCUAUUCUACGAAGUUUCAGACCGAUGGCGACAAGGAAUCCACUGUCAUGGUCAAGAGUCUUACGAGCACGAAGGACGAGGCUGCUCUCCUGGAAUUUAAGCGUCAUUUGGAUCUCCUUCACAAACUUGAUCACGAGAAUGUCGUCAAGUUGAUCGGUAUUUGUCGAGAGGAGGAACCUGACUACAUGAUCCUAGAAUACACCGACUGGGGCGACCUGAAGCAAUUCUUGAUUGCUUCGCGAAAAGACAACAAUCCCAGUCCGACGCAUGAAUCGAAACCGCCGCGCGCGCCUCAGCUAUCGGUGGCGCAGAUACUAUCGCUGUCGAAUCAGGCUGCGAAGGGUCUGAAACAUUUGGCCGACAACCGACUGGUUCACAAGGACAUAGCCGCGCGUAACUGCCUGAUCGCCAGCAACCUGACGAUCAAGAUCUCUCUGCCGUGCAUGACCAAAGAGCCGUAUCAGCAAGAAUACACAAAACAUCGGAACCAAGUAAUCCCACUAAGAUGGCUGCCCUACGAGGCUGUAUAUGAAGACGAGUAUUCCACCAAGAGCGAUGUAUACUCGUUCUCGUGUCUAGUCUGGGAGAUGUUCCAUCAAGGUGAAUUGCCAUUCAACAAGAUAAAUGACGAGUCCAUACUGGCUCAGCUUAAGGCGCAAGCACUCACGUGGAAGCCGCACAAGGCGGCGCCGCCGGCUCUUCAAGAGCUGCAAACUCAGUGUUGGGCGAAUGAUCCGCGCGAGAGACCAACGUUCGACGAGGUGGUUUCGAAAAUCGGCGAAAUUGUGGUCGACAGCUGCUUGUAGGCUAGAAUCGUGGCGGAAUUGUGCGAGGCUCUAAACAUCAGAAAAUACUGCAAUAAGGGUAAUGAUUGUGCGGAGCUGCAUGUCGAGAGGUAAGGCUGACAAGCGCCGAUGAUCGCGCGGCGAUGAUCUCUUCCGAAACGAGGAAGAGGGUUCUCAAGAAUGCCGCGGCUUCGCGCGCGCGUGAGAAUAAUUAACCGGCUUUUAUAUUAACGCUUUGUAUCAAUUAUAUAUAUGCAUAAUGGAUCAUAGAGAACACCACCUCUCUUUUGUAAAUGAAAAGUGCUUGCUCAUUAAUCAUUGAAUGCGCGGGGAUUAUAUGUUUUAAUGACGUUGCUAAGCAGGUAUGCCUGAAUCGUAUCGCUAAGCGUGAUGUAUAGACUACGUGGGAAUUUUCAAUUCACGCGUGUCGUCGUAUGUAUCGUUCAAUACGUUUAUACAUGAUCGAAUGAACAACACUUCCACUGUACGAAGAAUUUCGAUAUAUUUUGUAUAUGAAGCUCGGGCUUCACAGAUUCAUUUACUAUCAUUUUGAAUAUUUUUUUUAAUUUUUUAUCUCGUGAGAACAAAUCUCGUCGUUUUCCAAAAUGUAAACGUAAUCGAAUAUUUUACGCGAUCAACGGUAUCUCUGUCUAUAUUGCUUCCGUAAUUUUAUAGGCAGGACAUAGUGAGAUUGUUAGUUCCACAAUAAUUAUUCGUAUUACAGUAUUUUAUCGCGUCCACUAGCUUGAUAAGGAAAUAGUAUUUAUUUCGAACAGCAUCUCCGUUCCAAUGACUGGUUUAUCGUUGGAUUAAGCAACAAUCUGCAUGGGCCCAUUACACGUUAUUACGCAAUUAAUGCAAUACUUAGUAGACAGUAUAUAAUAAUAGGUAUGAUCACCACACAUCGAAUAUUCGUAAGAUACAUUAAUUGUUAGAUGAGCCGAAAACUGAUGACGGGAAUGAUUAAUCGUAUCGGACGAAAUUUAGCGGACGAUAUCGAUUGAACGUCGGUGAUCAGACUCGGUGCUGACAUGCAUAUUAAGAAAGUAUCACGACCAUAUCACUAUAUCGAAUAACGAAGGAAAUCUUAUCUCCGCCUAUUUACUUCUACAUCGCGCUACAUCGCUAAGACAUAAAAUUGAAGAAUUAUUUAUAAUAUAUAUUUAUGUGUAAUAAGAACGCAAAUCGACCAUUUGUAUUCGACGGAAAUAACGGCCUUGUACAUACCGAUGGUAUAUACGUGUAAGUUCUUUUUAAGUACGAAAAACUAGCAUGAAUCGUCGUGUUAAUCUUUGUUCAAACAAUUCGAUUUUUUUUCCCGAUGAUCUUUUAAUGCUCGAAGGAAUUUUUCGUCGUAUUAAUAUCAGAGAUAAAGGGUUUUGCAGCGCGUACGUUUAAAUGCUGAUGCGCAAGGAAACGAUAAUAAGAUACAGCAUAUACAACACGAAAGCCUAUUUUUACAUAUGGAAAUUAGAAUCAAUCAGAUCGGACGAGGAGAGAAGUAUCGCUCGCGAUAUUUUUGCAUCCGGGAUUUACGCUUUGAUAUAUAGCGCGAACAAUCUAAUGCAAUGGUCCAAUAACAAGAAUAUUCCGAAUACAUAUUCGACUCCAUAUUACACGAUUUGUACAACGAAAAUUGACGUUCGUAUCUUAACAGUACAUAAGCUAUAAUAUUGUCCCUACUUCCACAUUUAAUUCUACUGUAAGGAAUACUCAUAAAACUAUUAUAGCGCGCAUUUGCUUCCUUCGUUUUAUACAAGACUUUGAUGAAGAUAUUGAUGAUCUCAAAAGAGAUAGUUCGAAGGGGGUACAAAAGACAACAUCUUUUUUAGUCAUGCAAGAUAGCAAUGCUCACAAUAGUAACAAAUGAUAAGAAAUAAUUGUGAUUUUAUAACUUGUCCCGCUUCGGACAUAUAUGUGUUACAUGUACUUGGCUCUAAUAACUUAUUAAAGAUUAACGCGCACAGAGCCAUGCAAAAAGAACGUAACUGCAUUCGGUUUCGUCGAUCGCGUAUGUAUAUAUAUAUAUGAGGUAUACUUUAUAAUUUAUAGUUUUUGAAACCAAAAAAAAAAGAGAGAUUGGAAUGCCUUGCUAGUUCAUUAUCGCUGAUUGUCGAUCUUUAUCGUGGUUUUAAAAUAUAGAGCAAUGUCUUUAUUGAUAAAUAAUAUAUUGAUAAACCAUGAAUUGAAAUCAGUUUGUUCAAUUCUAAUAAGUUAUUUUGAAAUAUUUAUCAUUGUGUGCUAUGUCGUCUAGAAAUUAAAAAAAAAAUUUUUUUUAGAAAGAAAUGUUUUAUUCAAAGAGCAACUAAGCGAAUCGUCGGCUCUGUGCAUGCUGAUAUAAGUAUAAUGUAUCAUAUACGCGCAUAUAAAUGAACGAAGCAUUGAAGUCACUCUGCAAAUGGCCACGAAUCUACAUAAUGUUAAAAGAUCAUAAUCAUGAUAAAUAUGAUCGUUCUCUAAUCUAAAGCACGUUAUACCGAGCGUAGCGUACAAAUCACGAAAACAUUUCGCCUGUGAAAUAGGCCCGUGUCUCCGUGAGCGCUUUAAUUAAGAAUAUGUAAGAGCACAAAAUGAAUAAUCUUUCAAGAUAAUGGAUUAUCAGAGCUCGUAAUGUCUCGGCGAGCGAAUCUUGUAAUGCUUCCUAAAUGUUCGCUAUAUUAUAUGUCAAGAAAUACUCUUGUGAUCAGUGAUGGCGAGCAUGCUUAGAGAUUACUGCGAAAUUUUUUUUACCUAUUUUUCAUAUUUUAUUUCACGAAGUCUCGACAGACUUAAAGAUGGUUAAAAUUAUUCGAAUGGAAAAUUAAUUUAAAGUAUUUCUACAAUUCAAAUAUAAUUCGAUAUUUUUAUCGAACAGAAAUUUUUGUGGAAAGUGAAACAUCUGAAAAAGAAUCGAGCUAUAUGUGGAAUGUGCGAUAAGGCAUGUCUGAAUGCAAGACGGUAUCCUAAGCAAAUAUUCAUACUUACGACCCAUCAUUGCUUGUAACAUAAAUUACACUAGGAUCUUGCAGCUAUCCAGCCCGCACUCUACGAAUACAUAAAAUUAAAGCCAAUUAUUCAAGUCCCCAUGUGCUCAUAUAAUUCGCUCAGAUAUUUAUCGUAAACGACCACCACUGCCAUAAAGAUAGCGACAAGGCAAGGAAGGUAGCAAUGAAUUAUACACGAAAAGCUACCUAUUAUGUCUAAUAUGUAAUAUGUCUAGUCAUACAUGGUGACAGAGUGAACAGCGUACGAAAAGCUCAUUUGAAUAACGUUCAUAUCCUUAGGCGUUCCAAAUCGAUUUUUUUUACAAUAUUUUGUAAAUAUUUGUACUUUUUUAUCUAUAUCUCUCAUACUUAUGAAUUUUUGGAAUAGUAUGUGCUACGAUUAAAUAAAGAAAAAAAACAAGUA